GGCGCGGCGGGGCCGGGCGGUGCGGCGGGAGCAGGUCCCGGGCCCGCCCGGGAUGGCGGCCCUGCGCGAGGAGACCGUGAACGGAUGGGUGCUGCAGUUCUACUUCCACCGCGCCAUGCAGGCCUACCGCUCCGGGCGCCACCGCGAGUUCCGCCAGCUGCGCGAUAUCAUGCAGGCGCUGCUCGUGCGACCCCUGGACAAGGAGCCGGCGGUGGCCCAGAUGCUGCGGAUAAUGCAGCUGCUGUCGCGGGUCGAGGAGGGCGAGAACCUCGAUUGUACCUUCGACAAGGAGUCGGAGCUGACCCCACUUGAGUCGGCCCUCACUGUCCUGGAGCUCGUCCACAAGGAAUUCUCCAUGCCGGAGAAGACGAUGGAGACCGUGCAGAAAAUGGUGAAGGAAGCUGCUGUUAUUGUCUGCAUCAAAAACAAAGAAUUUGAUAAAGCUUCCAAAAUUGUCAAGAGGCACAUGGGGAAGGAUUCCAAGAACCAGAAAAAGAGGAACGAGUGGCUGGCUGUCAUCCGGGAGAAGAAUUUCUCUCAUCCAAAGGUCAAAAACUUCUCCUACAAGGACUUCCAGCAGAGCAUAUUUGAGCUCCUGAAGGUCUAUGUGGACGACUCGGAGCCGCUGCUGCUGACGGUAAUGAAAAAAACUUUGAAUGUGGAACACACCGAUGAACCAGAAUCCUUAUCGGUGACUCCCAAGUCUGCAGAUGGGCCAAAGGACCAGACAGCGGCUCCAGAGGACUCGGGAAGGGCAGAGGGUCCUGCAGGAGCCCCAGAGCCUGCAGGAGCAGCAGAAGAGCCAGAGGGAGCUGCCAGCCCUGUAGAAAGGGCAGCGCAUCCCACAGUGGCUCCAGAGGCCAUGGAAGGAGCCAGUGGCCCUGCAGCGGCUCCAGAAUCUAUGGAAGUAGCCACUGACCCAGCAGCAACUCCUGAUCAUUUAACAGCAGAGCCUGAUGUCCUGAAAGAUAUUCCAGAGCCUGUGGAAAUAGCUAAAGAACCAGCUACCAAAGUAGCUGCAGAACUUCCAGAAGUGUCCACCAGGGACUCAGAAAGGCAGCCCCCCGGAGCUGUAACCUCGUGUGGGAUUUCUGUUCUGAGAGAAGCUUUCAAGAUCCUGUCGGACUCCCAGGACUCUGAUGCACUCUUCACCAAACUGGAUGAAACAGACUUUACCUUCCCCAAGCAACUGUCUCCUUCUGUAUCCCACAGAACCAAGAGACGGAAAGAAGUGGAGAAUCAAGAUUCUGAGAUCUCAGACCCUCCUGAAAUACCCCAUAAGGGCAAACGCUUGUUCACCAUAAGCGAACUGGUAAUGGAGGCAGACAACCAGUCCAGCAAGUCGAGUGAGAGCCCUGACUCUUCCCAGGAGCCCGUGGUCUCUUCCGCUUCCAGACCCAGACCUGUUCAGAAAUUGCAUGACCAGCCAGUGACUACUGAGAGUGCCAAGUAUGGAGCCUCUGCUUUGUGGUCCUUCCAGAGAAGGUGGAACAGCUCACGUGGCAGGGAAGAAAAGGACAGUUGGAGUGAGGAGGAUGACCUCUUCUCAGAUGGAGCAUCAAUUGGGACAAACAACUCCACAAUCUUUAGCUCCAAGAAACAGAAAUGGACGAUCCAGGAGAGCGAGUGGAUCAAGCAGGGUGUGAAGAAGUUUGGAGAGGGAAGAUGGAAGGCCAUUUGCCAGACGUACCCGUUCCAGAACCGCACAGCAGUGAUGAUCAAGGACCGCUGGCGGACCAUGAAGAAACAGGGAAUCCUCUGAAGCUGGGAGCCCUGGGACAUUCCGUGCAAAAAACUUUUGUUUUUUGGAAGCUGAACCAGAGUGCCGGCACAGGGAGGCUAUCCCAGUGUGGGGAACUCCUCUGACACCCCAAAACCACAACUGCCAGGAACCCAGGAGCCUCGUUCUCCAGCUGGAGCUGCAAAAUACUGCAGGUGGCAGAGGCUGUGCAACCUCUCUGCGUGUGCUCAGAACUGCCUGGAUGGAGAUUUUCUUGUUCCCGUGACCACUGCAGCCUCUGUGGGAUGAAUCCCAGCUGGAUUGCUCUGCACAGGUACUGUCAAUCAGGAUGGUCCCUGUCUGAUACCUGAAUCACUUGUUUCACCCAUUUGCCAUCACUCCCCCGUGGGAGAGAGGCAGCACUGAGUUGCAGAGCUCCUCAGGCGAACAGGCAAGCAGAUCUACUCUAGAUUUUUUUUUUAUCUCCCCAUUAUUUUUGCUUUGUAAAUGACUAAUUGUGAGUGCAAAAUCCUCCCUCCCAGCCCUGAGACUUUAGAAUAUUAUUUUGUGUUUCAGUACUUAGAAAUGGUUGUUUUCAUGUUUAAAGUUCCAGUUCUGGCUGACUUUGGCCAUGUCUUCCUGUCACUUUCCCUGGUAACGUCCUUCUACCAUAUGCAAUCCCUGUGAGCACAUGAGCUAUGAGGGCGCUGCGUGUUCCUGCCUUCAGCUGCCAAAGCUGGAAUCCAUGUCCAAACAGUUGUCUGUAAAAUAAAGUCCCUUUCUUAUUGGAUACCAAGAGUUUUAAAAAAUAAAGUCCCUUUCUUGUUGGGUAUUGA